AUGACAGAUAGUGAUAAAAAAGAAGAGAAGUCUUCUUGCACUACGCCAACAUCGUCUCGAAGAUCUGCAUGGUCGAGAAGUAACGUAGAAGGAAAGGGAACCUUGCGUAUCUCUUCGUACUUCCCUGUUCGUAAGCGUGGUGCCUUGGAUUAUCCGGAUGUGUGCGGAAAGCGUCGUCGACGAGGUACAACAGUCUCAGAUGUACAGUUCAUGUCACCAGUUGGAGCUUUUAAUGAUGUGACACCACUGCGAUACCGUUGCGUUGAUGAUCAAGAUGAGCAGCAAGCUGGAGAUAGUCAAAAAUCUGCUGCUCAGAAAAUAAUGCGUACUUCUACUGCACUUGGUAUAUUUGAAGAGUUGCCGUGUAACUUGUACCAUCAGAUGUUCGAUAAUCUCGAUAUAACUUGUCUGGUUGCACUGUGUUUAUCGUCAUCAACAUGGAACGCUCAAGUACUGGAUUACGUUCAGUCAAAUCUUUUUCUCCAGCGUGUUCAUCGUGCAAGCGGAAAUUUCAUCAAAAGUGAAUCGAAUUUCAAGAAAGAAUAC